AUGAAUGUGCAACAACUCGUCCCGCAUUGGGUUACUACACUUCCAAUCGUGGGCCGCCUCUUCGGCACCACGGUGGAAGAUGUCCCCAGGGCAACUCCAGCUGAGAUUCCUGUGGAUCUUUAUACUCUCUUUAUCAAGGCCGAUGCCAAUAGCACCGCUACCAUCGAGUUUGUUAAAUCGACCCUCAAGAUCACUUGCACUUUCUCUUGGGCUGAUGCCGACGAUGACCUGCUGUCAACCAUGCUCGACGCUUCAACCAUCCAGCUCGCAACUCUAGUGAAACACGAAAACAUUGUGAGAACAGUCAGAUUCAUGCCUAAAGAACAAGGUGUCCCUCCCAAAGCGAGAUACCUAAUCAGCUCAAUUGACGCAACCGAUCGACAGCAAUUCGACUCGACAACUGCUUCUUUGAACGCUUUGAUCAAAGGCCAAUUCGCUGAAGGGAGAACCAUGUGGGAAGCGUACCUCUCCGAAGACGAAGCGCAACAAGUCCAGAGCAUCGAUGGUGUAUCAGGGGUUAGUUGCACCCUGUGUGUUUAUCCCAACCGGAAAGGGAAGCCUUUAAAGACAAGAUACGCCGUCGUUCCAACUGAUCCCGACAAUCAAGAGCAGUGUAAAGCAACGGAGGCAGCUCUUAAGUCUCUGCUCAAAAAGCAGUUCAGAGACAAGGAAUGUAGCAUUCAGCGAUGGGAGGUCACAUCUCUCACAGACGAUCAGAAGCUAGAGAUUGAGAAGAUGGACGGAGUGAGUCGCGUCGGAAAAAUUCAUAUGGGUAGAAGGGGCGUUAUGGCAAGGCCUCGGUUUUAUUAG